UUCAAAAUGGCGUCAGAAGACGAGUGGCGAUUGUGUGUUGAAUGGCUUAUUCGAUGCAAUGUUUUACCCUCAGACCACGAAUUUACGCAGCAGGAUGCCGAAGUAGUCAGCUUAGCACAAAAUUUACGAGAUGGUGUGCUAUUGUGCCACCUCCUCAAUGUGCUGGCGCCGGAUUGUAUCGACCCAAAAGACUUCAGUCCUCGACCACAGAUGUCACAGUUUCUCUGCCUAAAAAAUAUUCGGGCGUUUUUACAGACAUGCAAAUCCAAGUUUGGGCUCAAGGAGGGAGAACUGUUCGACAGUUACGAGCUCUUCGACAUGAGGAACUUUGGAAAGGUCAUCAACACCUUGUCCAAGCUGUCGAAGACGCCGCACGUCCUCCAGAAAAUCGGCCAUGGCUUCCCCAUCAAUGAAGAGCUACAGUUCCAUCACGAUUAUAAAAACCUAGAAGACCUCAUGAAAGACAUUCAGGACAUAACCAUCUAUGACCGGGAUGACGAUGAUGAUGAAGAGGAGGACAUUUACGACACGAUAGUCUGCGGUGGGACAACAAAAGGUCAGGCGGCCGCUCUACCACCGAGUCCGACCGCCCCCGCCAAAUCAAAACGUGAUUUCUGCAUCAAGGAGUUGGUUGAGACGGAAAAUAACUAUGUGGAUGCGCUGAAUAUGAUUAUAACACAUUUCUUGAGGCCUUUGAGAAAUGUCUUACCACAGAUUGACAGGGAAAUCGUAUUUAAAUAUGUAGAGGACCUCGCCCAAGUUCACACUGGCUUUCACAGUGAGCUACACAAGGCAUGCGCAGCACCAACGCAAAGCACUCCGGCCUCGCCAAAAAUUAGUGACUGUUUUUUAAAAUGGAAAACAAAGUUUUUAAUCUACAGUGAUUUCUGCUCACAUCUGCCUGAUGCGCAAACACACAUUGAGGAAGUCUCCAAAAACGAGCUGAUCAAACAAAGUAUACUGGAGUGCCAACGAAAUGCCAAAGAUGGAAAGUUCAGAUUACGAGACCUUCUUCUUGUUCCUAUGCAACGAGUUCUAAAGUAUCACUUACUUCUCAAGGAGUUAAUCAAACACACCGACCCCGACCAAGACAAAGAUGGCCUCCAGAAGGCUCUCGAAGCUAUGGAAGAUCUGUCAGCCUACGUGAACGAAGUGAAGAGAGACAACGAACGACUUCUUCUUAUCAAGGAAAUACAAGAAAGUAUUACAGAGCUGACUUGGCCUGAGAAUACUUCCCUGAAAGAUUAUGGUCGACUACAGAAAGAUGGUGAACUUCGGGUGAGGUCACAUGAUGAUAAUAGACCCAAGACAAGAUAUGUGUUCCUGUUCGACCGUGUGAUGUUGAUGUGUAAAGCCAAGAUGAUGGAUAAGUUUUUAGGGGGUGAGGUCUACAGCUACAAGACAUGCUAUAUCCUCUCAAAUUACAAAAUGGAGGUACACAACAUCCCGACGAAUAAAACGAGGAUAGAAAAGUGGAGUCACCCAUUCCUAUUAGUCGAGAAGAAUCAGACGAAUGUCAUAACGUUCUUGACAAAGACGGACGACCAGCGAGACGCGUGGGUCUGCGCAUUACAGAUGGCUUUAGAAAAUAAUCAGCCUCCGGGUUACCGGGAGAAUGGCCAUGACUUUGUCAUGCACACGUUUGACAAGCCAACAGAAUGCAGCAUCUGUAAGAGACUUCUUCGGGGCAUAUUUUUCCAGGGCUACAAUUGCAAAAAUACCGACAUGAAUGUACAUAAAGAAUGCAUUCGAAGAGGUGAGAUAUUAAGAAAUGGAGCUCCCCUACCGGUGUCAGCGGGUCCGGGCAAUAUACCCCCUAGGCCUCCAGUAGGCCCACCUCCUGUGCCAUCCUCAAAACAGGCUAUAGGAAAGGUUAAAGCUGUACGUAAUUACCGAGGUAAUCCGGCGCCCCCUAAUGACCAGAGUCCACUCUUCUUUGAGAACACAGAUGUUCUGGAACUGCUUCAGCGGAGCAAUGACUGGUUUGAGGGCCGGAAGGGGAAUGUGGAGGGCUGGUUUCCCCGAAGUUUUGUCAAGGAUCUCCGGCAGCCGGGUGUUGAUUACCUGGAUGUCAAGCCACCUGAACAUCUUCCACUUCCCCCUGGUAUUGAGGGAGGGGGUCGGCCACCACCACUGCCUCCCGGCAAUGUCCGGCCACCUCAACCUCCACCCCCAGGACAGCGUACUACUAGUUGCCUGGAUGUCAACAAUGAUAUAAACCAUGUGGAUAACCGGCCUCCUAAGCAACUUCCACUUCCUCCGCAGCCGUUCCCUGAAGAUAGUUGGUUUGUUGGUCCAAUGUCACGAGAGGAUGCUGACAAGGCCCUGGACCACCAUCCCUGCGGGACGUUCCUGAUCAGAGAGAGCACAAACCAGAACAGGAAAGGCCAACAUGCUCUCAGUAUAAAACCUGCAGAUCACGUGAAAGCCAAACAUAUCAUCAUCAGACAAACUGAAGAUGACCAUGUCUAUAUCGCAGACGUCAAAUAUUUUCGGUGCCUCCCAGAACUGGUUGACUUCUACCAACAUAACUCACUAUCGGACAGCUUCACUGAGCUCAACACGACGUUAGUGCUCCCAAUGAAAGAGAGCCAGCGGCGAGUCGCGCCCAAAAACACCAUUAAGGGCUACGCAACGGCUUCCUUUGACUUUGCCGCUACAGCUGUCAAUCAGUUAUCGCUGAAACGUGGCGAUAAGGUGGCCAUCAUUAGUAAAAUGGGCGGAGAUAAGGGAUGGUGGAAGGGCCAACUUAAUGGAAAGAUUGGCUACUUUCCCUGUGCGUACGUGAAGGAAGAUGAAGUUCAUGUGGAAGAUGAUUGCGACUGACCGACCAGAUGCCAAACUUUCCCGCGUACCUCACGAUGAUGAAACCUUUCUGCUGAAUCGCCACAAGACAUAGAAUCCAUUAUACCCAGUCAUACUCCUACUUUGGAUCGAGUUCGACUAUUUCUGGGGUCAGGUGACGUUUUUGGCAUCACGUGGGAAAAAAGCCAAAAUGUGGGUGCAUGGAAGCAAGAGGGUAGAAUCGUAUCAGUCAUCAAAUUCAGUAUAUAAUGUGUGGCAAUAACGUGAAGUACUCGAGCUCAAAAUAACUCAGAAAGUUCAUCAGGAAGGCUAAAAUGACGUCAACGCUUGGACAAAAAUGUGACACGUCUCGGUUGAAUGAUACACUUGUCUGAGGUACGGGUCCUGAACCUGUGUUUGUUACAUCACACGUGCAGAGCGUAUUGAUAUGAGUAUGACAGGUGGACUGUGGUGCGGAGGGGAACGCACAACAUGUCAUUAGAUGGAAUGGAGUCACCGAUGUAGAAUGGACAUUACGCCUAAUGCUUUCAGUGUUGUAUCACAGACAAUGUCACCACCAGUUGAUCCUGUGCAAUCUCAGACUUUUUCAUACGUAAUGUGCAGGUUGAAAUACCAACUCAGGUUGCAAUUGAGUCGUUGUCUACCUGUAGGUGGCACCACUGUAUAAUAGUCUCCCUUGACCAAUGUACAAUGGCUUCAGCAUGCUCUCUUGUAAAUAUGUGUAGAUAUGAACUGUAAACAUGCUCGGCUUCUAUUGUGUAUGUCAUUGUUAGCUCUCUCAGCAGCUAUUCAAGAUGUUCAUUAUUUUCAUGACGGUGUUGCAGAAUCAGAAUGGGUAUCUCGAGGUCAGAUCUUCACACUUAAUAGGAGAAAGGUAAUAAGAAAUAAGAUUGUGCUGGAGAAAAGGACAGUAUUCUGAAGUUGUUCCCCCAGACUUGCAAGUGCAUUUAUUGAAGAAAACCUGCUGUGACUUUCAAUUGUGUUCAGUGGGGGAGGGGGUGAGAGUCCAGUGCAAAUAAUACAUUUUUGACCCAUUGUUGGUGUUGAUAGUUUAUAAUUGUCACGGUGGUGAUGAACUUCGCAUGUAAUGAUGAUGGGUCAGCUUUUGGUGGCUCUUGAAAUCCCUCAAUUGAGUCAGAUGCAUCAUAUCAACAAGGGUCAAUGUAUGAUUUGCACAUGGGCCCAGUGAGUGUUACUCAAUGCAGAAAUCAUGUGCUUGUUUAUAAAGCAACUUCAAUUUUGAGUAAAUUUAAUUUUUUUUACAAAAAAAAAGAAAAUUAUUUUUGAAAUGUUUUCGUAUUGGCAUGUUCAGUGUGAGAUAGCACAUUCUAAAGCUGAUUGGCUGUAGAGAUCAUGUGAUUGUUCGAUUGUCAAUUUAUAUUUAUUUUCAUCAUGCCUUGCUUAAUAUUAGGCAUUAUACAUGUUAUUGUAUUUGUGUAUGUAUAGCUCGUGUAUAUGUUAAUGUUAUAGGAACCGAGAGAUGAUGCAUGAUGAAGCAUGACUCGCCACUUUUGAAGAGAUUUUCAUGUUUAGAAACCGAAUUUUCAGUUGUAUAGUAGGAAUGGGGGAGAAAUCAAGCUGCAUAUUUUCAAGAAGGCUAUGUUGGAUUGUGGUAUACCUCAAUGACUGUCAGUUAAUACUUAUUACAAUGCACGAAUUGCCAUCUUGACACUUGAGACAGCUCCUUUUACUUACUAAAGAUGAUUCCCAGGCUGACAACCAUGUUUUGUUGCCGCCAUGAAUUGACCAAGGUGGCUGAUAUUGACAUGAGUUCUCCCCUUUCUGACGUCAGAGAAUUAGCUCCCCACCUAUGUGUUUGACGCUAUGUUGUUCUUGAUGUAUUUCCUUGACUACAUCCUUGGAAUCAGCUAUACAGUAUGUAGAAGAGUGUGUCGCUCAGUAGUUCAUCAGCCAUCGGGCGGUCUCAUUUGUCCACUCUAUAGUGCUCUAUACAUCUGUCUGUACCAACCAUCAAGCUGUAUUCUGCAUAUUUUCAUGCACUGUGACUGUAAAUGAAAUUCAUCUCCAACAUACUAUAUUUACUGUAAUGAUCAUAAUGACCUCGCCUAUGGAAAUGAUCCAGUUGGAUAAAUCUGUGAUGUGCUGUAAAAUCACAGUCUGCACUGAUCCAUGAGAAAUGUGAUUCCAGUUGUAUAGAUUUGAAAGUGGAUAUUCAGAUUGCUUGAUUUCAGGGGGCCAAGCACAUAUUUGAAAUGUUACCUAAAGGGAAACAAACAUCCAUGUAUUCAUAUAGAGCCUUGUUAAUAGGUACACAGAGGUUAUUUUACAGUACAGCCUAUUGAAUAGAAUAACAACAUAAAUAGAUUGUAAACCUUGUAUAUAUUACUUAACAUCCAAGGUGUAUUAUGGUAUAAUAGACUUCAUCUGCCAUUCUUUCAUCUGUGCUUGACUGAGGGUAUUUCAAGAGAACCAUACGUGCAUGACUGCAUGUACUUUGAUGACAUGUUCAAAAACCUUUGUUAUUCUUUAUGCUGGUUUCUGAGACGCCCUGUAUUGGGAUAUUUUGAUGUCAUUUUGUUUUCUAAGAGAGAGAAGUUGAGUAGUAUAUUCGACGUGACUCCGACAAAUAAAUGAAGAGAUUAGUUCGUAAACCAUAACAUAAAAUUUGCAGUUCAUAUUUAUGGAUGCGAAAUUAUUUAUUCUGAAAUAUUUUGGUUCUUGAUGUAUACAUUUUGUACAGGACUCAGCAUGCAUCGAAGAUCAUGAAAUUACCUAAUGUCUGGCUGAAGGGUGAGUGAAAAACCAUUGAGAUUGCAAAUGUAUGUUUUCUAAAUCCUUUAAUCCCGUGCAGUUGGGCAAGGAAUGUUUAGUUUCUAAUCGCAACAGGUUUCUUCGUCAGUCUUAUUUCAGAAUGGAAGUGGCCGCAUGUACUUCUCAAUGUUUAUUCACGACUUAAAACGCUGACCUGAGAGAAAUUGGUAGAGUGACUCCCAAGUUUCUCGUUGGUAGGCUAAUGAGGUGAUAGCUAUUACACCACUACUUUGUUGAAAACAUUUUUGGAAAUAAGUUGUGUCUCAAACCAUUUGACUGCAUGUACAUGUACAACGUGGCUCAUGCAGCAUCAGACGUGUGGCUUUUUAUUGGGCAUCUCAUGUGAAGAAGAUGCUCAGACUUAAAGCAUAUCAGAUAUAGCCGAAAUGAGUCAAAUUAUAAUGUGUAAAUGGUCCUCCAACAGUCUUUGCUGUGUAUUGGCACAAAUGUGGGUCAUUUAGGUAGCCUCUGGUCAUGGAAUGCAUUGUCCUUACAGGCUGGUUUGGGGCAGUUUUUGGGCUCGACCAUGUCGGUUGCUCAGCACAAUUAACAUCCAGGUUUGAAGUAUAAAAGACAGACGACAUGAAAUCAAAGAAACAUGGAUCCAGCGAUGCAUUGGCCUAAGCUUGUCAGGACUUAGAAAUGAGAAAUUUAUUUCCACCAUCAUUCUAAGUUGUUAAUUUGUUGACUAGCCUUGCCAGUUGGCAAUGUAAAGCCAAAGGUUUGUGUCAGUCAGCUUAGGCUGCCAGAAAGGUCCUGUGAUGUGCAGAAUGGAGACGUGCUCUAACCACCUAACCGAAACCAUUAUUUAUAUAGGAUUUUCUACACUUAUUUACAAGUCAUGUACAUUUCAACAAUAAAAUGUGCUAUGUAAUUCAUGCCAA